AUUGAAUGCCGUCCGCUUUCUUCUUCGCCUUUUCCAUUCAUUUCAUUUCUAAUCAAAACAACGACAAAACUAUCAUUUUGAGGACGUUUACAAUUUCGUUUGUGAGUCGACACCGGUACAAAUUAAAUGUCUAUGAAACAGGAAAAGAAAUGUAUUAAGGAAUUCAGUAUUCUGUAUUGAGGUUAAGCACUGCGCAAAAUGGAGUUAGCUAACGGUCAGGAAAAAGCAGAUCUAAAUAAUUUGGUGAAAAACAUUGUAAAAAUCUUGCUCUCAUCCUCUAAAUAUUUUCACUGCCCAUUCUGCGCUGACGAGUAUUUAUUUGAGUUCACUCUCCGGCAUCAUUUGCUGAAAAACCACGUAGAAGAUCUGUCGAAAAUUGUUCAAUCACCAGAUUCCAGUAUUAAGUUUUGUGAUAGUAACAUCUGUCCGUACUGUGGGGCAUUAUUCUACUACAUAUCUGCACUUCCGAAGCAUAUAAUGAAUAGUCACAGCCAGGACUGUUUGAUCAAGUGGCAAACCAUAGUUAAAGAAAAUAGUCUGCAAAGAAAGUUUCUGGCGGAACCAAGUAUCAAAUGCGUACCGUGUUCGCCUGGGUUAAGCGAUCUGUUCGAAGAGUUAAGCACGGGUAGUUCGAAGCACAACAAGAAAAGCCGUACGCAUAUAAGAGAUGCUUCUCCUUUGUAUAAAUCUGCCCUGAAGAAUGCAAAUCGGAUGUCCGCCUCCAGACGCUCGGAAUCCUGGGUCAGUUGUGAUUUUGAAUUUACAAAACAUUCCCAUGUUUCUAGUACGGCUCGACGGGAACUUCAGUUUGACGCUGCAGUUGUAGAAAACGCAAGUGACGAUGCAGGAUCGAUUAGCACAGGAAAAAAGCCUAAACGAUCACGAAAACGGUUUAACCUGCGUUCCCUGAAACCGAAGGGAAGUUUCAAGAAAUAUGUUUUGUCCAAAUUUACACGAAAGUAUCACUGCAAAAUCAUCACGAGUACACCUAACAAUUUCCUUGACGGUAACGAUCUUGCGGUGUCCAAUUCGCUGCUGCACAAUCAAGAACGAUGGAAUCGAAUUCAUUUGGAUUGAAACCAAUAAGGUUAUUUAACAGUACUGUGUACUACCUAACGUUGAAGGUAAGAAGUUACAGUUUCAGUAUCGUUUCACAUUUUCGAAGUAUUACCCAUGACAAUAAUGUUGUUUAGUUUAAUCAUUCAAAGUAUUCACAGUUUUUAGAUUUAGAAUUUUGAAAUAUUUAUUUUACCAACGAAAAAUAAGCCUAGCAGUAUAAGUUUUAAUAAAAACUCGGAUUAUCAAA